AUGUUUCCGGAAUUGUUUCAAGAGAAUUUUUUAAAAAGAGGAGAAGAUCAUUGGAAAGUCCUAAUAGAAAUUAGAUCGAAGUAUAAAAUCAAAAGGUUAAUAUUUGAUCAAAUUAGGCACUUGGAAUUUGAAAAGGUCCAGGCUUCUAAACGGUAUUAUUCUACCAAAGACGACAGAUUGAGGGAAGAAAAUAUAGACUUGCGUAACGAAAUAAGGGACUUAAACCGUAAAUUGGACAUAAUUGGCGAAGAAUUAGAUAAUUUAAAAAACAGAUUGCCUAAUCUUUUGUCGCCGGAAGUUGGAUUAAAUAGCGUACUAAUCAAGGAGACUUUGAGUGAUUUGGACACUAAAGCAACCAUUCCUCAUUACGAAAUAUUGGAAAGGUUGAGUAGAGGUUAUAUAGAGAGAGGAGUGUCAAUAUCAGGAAAGGGGUUCUCAGCCUAUUCUGGAGAAGUGUCAAGGCUAUCGAGGGCACUAGUUAAUUUUAUGCUCGAUACUUUGACGCGUGUUUUCAACUAUAAGGAAAUUACGGUUCCACUGGCAGUGUCGGAAUCCACUUUAAAGUCUACAGGCCAUUUGCCGAGGUUCGAAGAUCACUUAUUUAAAAUAGAUUCCCGGAACCUAUUUAACGGCGAAGUUGGAUACCUGAUACCGACCUCUGAGGUGCCGUUGAUUGCGUUGCACAGAAAUUGUAAGUUUAAGCACCUCCCGGUCUGGGUGACGAGCUACUCCGAGUGUUUUAGGGCUGAAAUACAGGACUACGGACUGGAGACGAGAGGGCUGAUAAGGCAGCACCAAUUUGGAAAGGUGGAGUUGGUGUGUUUUGCAGACGGUUCUGACUUAAGAGAAGGAGUAGAUUGCGACUUGAGUCACGAUACCGAUUCAAGUCCAGAAGCCAGUAACAAUAGCGCUGGCUCAGACUACGUUCACACGUUGAUGCUUUCACACAUAGAGUUUUUGUUAAAUUUAUUGCAGCUGCCGCAUAGACAGGUGUUAUUGUCGAGCGAGGACACUUCUAGCACCGCCUUUAAAACCGUUGAUUUUGAAGUUUAUAUGCCAUCUCUGGGUCAUUUCAUAGAGGUUUCGAGUUGCAGUAACACCAGAGACUAUCAGACGAACAACUUAAACAUACGCACCAGAUCAGGGAAGAACAUACACGCGAUAAACGGGUCUGGAUUGGCAGUAGGCAGGACGCUAUCAGCACUACUGGAGAACAAUUGUGUAAUACGUGACAACGGACUGAUACAAAUUAACGUACCGGAGGCGCUGAGGCCGUAUUUGAAUAACGAUUCAGUGAUCUAUGAACCUAGGGGUGGCGAAAUGUUCACGCUUAAAAGAUAUAUAUCAAACUAUAAACCCAUUUACAGGUUGAGUCAGAAGCCUCGGGCCAGUCCUGAUUAUAGUAACGCUGCCAUGAGUGUUAGGAGGGAGCAGAUGUUUCAGUCCAUCAAUAAGCAGAACAGUAAAAUAAUGCUCGACGAGGCUGACCUGAAGCUCAAGAGUGUCAUGGAGCAGAGGCUGUUUUCAGCGCUGCCUGAUUCGUGGGACUCAAACAAGGUUACGACUCUACAGAAACUCAUAUCCGGCACGUUCCUGUCGGUGCUGUUUGCGGGUGGGAUAAUGGCGAACUACUACGACUCUAAGUCCAGUAACGCCCCUAGAACUGGUGAAGAUGGCACCCAUGGCGGUGACGCGGAUCCUAAUAAACAGUUUUCGAGGACCAUAAUUAGCUGUGAAAUACACCUACUGAGCAGCUACCUGGCCUUUAUCUCUGGUGUUCAGUCAGGGCUACAGCAUUAUUUAGGGUGUGGAAUAGUGCAGGUGUGUCCUUAA